GGGAAAGAACUGUUCAGCUUCUAAAGAAAGGAAGUACGGCUAGAGAGAGGAACUGAAAAAGUCUGCCAGAAUUACGGUCCCGCUCACUCACCAUCUUGUUCAUUUCCCCUUCAGUUCCAAGACUGUGUUGGGGAUCCUUUGAGCCGUCUUGCAGAGAGAAGACUCCAUGUGCAAAUAUAGGCAAUGGAUGAUUUAGAUGCUUUGUUGGCAGAACUGGAACAAACCUCAGCAAGUUUAACUGUGAGUGAUCCAGUAACCCCAAAGGGCUACUUUCUUCUGGAACGUGACAACAAGGAGAAACCAGCGGCAGCAGCAGCAGAGGCCAGUGUCACCCAGAAGAAGAAACCAGUUGCCCCGGAAGCCAAGAAGGUGCCACCAGCACAUGAUGUUCAACACCGUGAAGAAGAUGCAGACCGUAUUUACAGCCAAGUGCAAACUCCACAGCCAGUGCUCUCUUCAUUCACCACACCUGCUCAACAGUUGGAUGAACUUUUGGCUUGCUUGGGAACAAUCCAGGACAAGAUCUCAGAUGGAAAUGAAGGUCCUGAGAAGCCAUCACCAACAAAACAGAAUACCAUUGACAACCUAGACAGCAUGUUGCAAGGCCUGACACAUGAUAUGCAGGACCUUGGUGUUGCCACUGAGGCCAAGGGCCACUGUGCUUCCUGCCACAAACUCAUCGUUGGAAAGGUAAUUACAGCACUGGGAAAGACGUGGCACCCUGAACACUUCACGUGUGCCCAUUGUGGAAAGGAAGUGAGCUCUAUCCCCUUCUAUGAGCGGGACAGCAAGGCCUACUGCCCCGAAGACUACCAUGAUCUCUUCUCUCCUCACUGCGCUUACUGUGCUGCACCAAUCAAGGAGAAAAUCCUCACAGCCAUGGAUCGCACUUGGCACCCAGAGCAUUUCUUCUGCGCUCACUGUGGGAAAGUGUUUGGCAAUGAUGGUUUCCAAGAGAAGGAUGGGAAGCCAUAUUGCCAAAAGGAUUUCAUGGCCCUUUUUUCUUCCAAGUGCAAAGGCUGUGACAAGCCUGUGAUGAAUCAGUAUCUGUCAGCAUUGAAUGGUGUCUGGCACUCUGAGUGCUUUGUGUGUGGGGACUGUUUCUGCAGCUUUCAAGAUGGUUCCUUCUUUGAAUUAAAUGGACGCCCCUAUUGUGAGCUUCACUACCACCACCACCAGGGAACAGUGUGUUUGGGUUGUGGGAAGCCCAUUGUUGGGCGCUGUGUCACUGCCAUGGGGCACAAGUUCCACCCGGAGCACUUUGUCUGUGCCUUUUGCCUCACCCAGUUGCACAAUGGCAUCUUCCAGGAGCAGAAUGGCAAGACCUACUGCCACGCCUGCUUUAACAAACUCUUUGUCUGACCGGAAGCCGCACAGGGAGCAUAUUUCUUCUCUCUUCUUCUCUUUGCAUGAGAAACAGGCAGGAGGGGAAACGAUUUUGAAGGGACAAAGGCUGCAAUCCUCCACUCCAUUGCGUUUCAAACAACUUUUGCCAGUUUACAGUAGUUUAUCAGAAACAGUAGCCUCUAAGUAAGAUUGGCUCUUCAUCCCGUAUCCUUUCCUGCUGGCAAUAGCAAGUAUUUUAUUUACUCAUUGGGGCAAGGGGAAUCCAUCUACACAAAACAUAUUCCACUGAUAUGGUUAUUUACUGUGCAAUCCUAUGCAUGCCUAUUCAGAAGGAAGUUCCACUUGGAUUUACUCCAAGGUAAAUGUGUAUAUCUUUGUACCCAGGCAAACCAAUCCUAUUCACUAAUUGUGUCAGAUAAGGGAGAUACACACUAGAGGAGAGCAACAACCAUACCCUCCUCCCAAAGCCCACGGAUCAGGGACUGUGCCAGCAACCAUGCCCACAUGCCACCCAAAGAGGUGUGAUGGUGGUGAAUAUCAUAUAUUUGUGCACUACACAUUUGCGCUUUUGAUUGGCAGGAGUACCACGUACAGUACAGGCAAACAUGGCUGCCCCCCUUUUGCUAACCUGCUGAAUCUCACACAUGUAUACAAGCUCUCUUUCGCCAAUUCAUUAGAGUAGCUUUCUAUCUUAGAAUACUCCCCCUGUCUUUCAAGGACACUGUGCUGGAUGCCUAGAUAUUUUCAACAUGUUGUUUGUAACUGAAUAGGUAGCGUACACUGAAAAAUAAACAUCACUUUUCU